AUGGGAAGACGAAUGCCUCGAGUCUAUUUGAUUCGUCACGGAGAGACGGAAUGGUCAUUGAACGGUAGACACACCGGUGUGACGGAUAUCCCUUUGACGGAGAACGGAGAGAAGAUGGUCAAAGAAAUGAGUCCGAAGAUGAUGGGUAAAGGAAAAUUGAUCAACCCUAAUCACUUGAGACAUAUUUUCGUCUCUCCUCGUCAGAGAGCACAGAGGACCGCUGAGCUGCUCUUUGGCGAUAACAAACCACUCAAAUGUAAUUUCACCACCGAGCCCGAUGUCGGUGAAUGGGAUUACGGGAAGUACGAAGGGAUGCUCACUAAGGAUAUCAGGAAAGAUAAAGCCGAUUGGAACAUCUGGGAUGAUGGAUGUCCACCAGGUGAAACUCCUGGAGAGUCACCUCAACAGAUGACCGAGAGGGUUGAUAGGGUUAUUGCGAAGGUACGAGCUAUCCACCAAGCUGCCGAAGACGCAGCGGACACACCAGAAGAAGCAGAUUACGCAGAUGUGAUCAUUUUCUCCCAUGGUCACUUCUCAAGAUCAUUCAUCGCCAGAUGGUGUGAUCUACCUAUCAAGACUGGAUACCAUUUCAGUGCGGAGGCUGGUGGAUUGGCUGUAUUGGGAUACCAACAUAAGACUUUGAAGGAGCCUUCCCUCCUCGGUCUCAAUUGGUACACUGAAGAUGCUCUUGAGAGGCGAUAG